GCCACAAAAGCAAAGCGCGCACUGGCCGUCCACGUCUCUCCGGCCUGCCCUCUCCAUAUAACGGCGCUGCCCGGCACACAGCAGAUACGAAACACAUGACCACACGCAUAGCUGAGGAUCCCAGACCACACGUCCCAAAUUAAGCUCCGAUGGACGAGGGGGGCAAGUAUCAGCAGGGCUGGCUUGCCGUCGGUCUGCCGCCGGCGCCGGUGCUCGCCGUCACCGGCAUCGUGACCUUCUUCCUCUACCUGUCGUGGCAGAUGGACGAGUUCGAGGAGCAGCUGCGCCAUCGCACCCAGGCAGGCUUCUGGGUGCUCAUGGUGCUGGGGUUCCUCGCCCUGGGCUUGCUCGCGCAGCACGUGCUGUUCGACGGAGAGGGGAGGGUUGCCGUGCCGGCGGCAUGGCGAGGCCAGCCCGAGGGCGGCUCCGGCACGUCGCCGUGGGGCGUCGCGGCCCUUGUGGCUCUGCUGCUGGUGCUAGUGUCUCACAGGUCCGAUUCCCAUAUAUUCAAGCCCCCGGGGUUUAGAUGAGCAUGUUUCCUUUUUGAAGGAAAGUUAUGUAUCCCGAUGCAGAUAGCUAUGAUAUAUUGUAUACAUAUAUAUAAAUUAGAGUAGAAAGGUGUUUUUGCACGUCUGCAUGAUCAAGCAAAAUAGCAUAAAUAAAAAAGAAUUACUCCCUC